AUGCCAAUAGCCUCGGCAGCUAUGGACGCUUUCAAGAAUCUAAUCCGACAUGGGAAACAUGCGCGAACGGCCCCCGAUCCAUCAUCAUCCAAGCCUCCGCAGCACCAACAGCAACAGCAACCUCAACCCCAACAGCAGCAACAAUAUCGUGAGCAUGCAAGGCAAAUAGAACAAGAAGCUCAGCAUCGAGCGGAAGAAUUAGCGCUCCAACAGAGUGCUCAACAGAGGCAGUACCGUGAUAAUCAGUUUUAUCAGCCUCCAGCUGCUAUACUUUCGCCGCCAGCAUCCACAAAGGAGGCAGCUGAGUAUAUCGUGCAGGAGGAGCGCCAGGCAAAGAACAGAAUGCCUCAAUACCCCGGUCUGGAGCAGUUCAGGUUGAUUGACAAGAUGGGAGAUGGUGCAUUUUCCAAUGUCUACAAGGCGAUCGAUCUCAGAACGGGUCAGAAAGUUGCAGUCAAGGUUGUCCACAAGUUUGAACUCAAUUCGUCUCAGGCGGGCAACAAGCACUUGAAUGAAAAGUUCAAGAAGAAACCGCGUGCGACAGAGCGUGCGAAUAUCUUGAAAGAAGUUCAAAUUAUGCGGGGGUUACACCAUUCAUCCAUAGUCAAACUACUGCUAUUUUCCGAAUCUGAGGAAUUUUUCUUUCUUAUACUAGAACUCAUGGAAGGCGGAGAGUUGUUCCAUCAGAUUGUAAAAUUAACUUAUUUCAGCGAAAACCUUGCGCGGCACGUCAUUCUUCAAGUCGCACAAGGGAUUAGAUAUUUGCACAAAGAACGCGGCGUAGUUCAUCGUGAUAUUAAACCGGAGAACCUGCUAUUCGAACGAAUACCCUUAAUUCCGUCCAAGUACCCCGUCCAUCGUCAGUUUGAUGAAGGCAAAGCGGACGAGGGUGAAUUCAUACUCGGAGUGGGAGGGGGAGAGAUCGGUCGCGUGAAGAUUGCCGAUUUUGGCCUCAGCAAGGUCGUAUGGAGCGAGGAGACAGCUACACCUUGUGGGACGGUUGGGUAUACAGCCCCAGAGAUUGUCAAGGACGAGCGGUAUAGCAAAAGUGUCGAUAUGUGGGCGCUUGGAUGCGUGUUGUAUACUCUGCUUUGCGGUUUCCCUCCCUUCUACGAUGAGAGUAUUAACGCACUCACAGAGAAGGUGGCGAAAGGACAAUAUACAUUCCUCGAGCCAUGGUGGAAUGACAUCAGCGUUUCUGCAAAGGACUUGAUUACUCACCUCUUAUCUGUUAACCCCGCCGAACGAUACACUAUCGACGAAUUCCUAGCCCACCCAUGGUGCCACGCUGUGGCCGCUCCCCCACCACCGCCUACUCCGGCCCAAGAGCUGCUGGCCAUGGAUUCACCACUCCUUAGAGAUGUACGUGGACGGCCGGAAGUUCGAUCGCCUGGCCUAGCAACGCUCAAGGAAGCCUUUGACGUCACCUAUGCCGUGCAUCGCAUGGAAGAAGAGGGAGCGCGAAGACGAGCCUACGCUGGCCCUCGUGGUGCUGGUGCCCGAGGAUUUCUACUUGGGUUGAACGAAGAUGAUGAAGAAGAAGAAGAGGCACAAGAGCGUGAUGUCAUCGACAGUGCAAGAAGACGGCAUCAACAAGAGACAGUGACAAACAUUAACGCACCGGCAUCGAUUAUUCAGUUUGAUGGACGAGCUGGUGCUAGGGACGUGGGAACUGCGACUGGACGAUCUCAAGGUGUGAGCGGGGGGCGAGGCCGGCGCACAGGGCAAGUAAAUGGCGGAUUUGAACUGGACAUUGGGGGCGCGACACUCCUUGGGAGGAGACAUCGGCGAGAUGAGGUUGAGCCGAGUCUGCUAGGACAGGCGACUCUAUUGGCCGGAGGCGAGCCGGCUUAUGGCAACUUUCCCGGAAGUCCUAUGCGGGGUCUUGAUGGCACCCGUUAG